GUCUCCAUGGCGGCGUCGGAUGUGACUUUUGCGCCUGCGCGGCUGAGGCGGAGUUUUUGAAUAGGUUGGCUUUGCCCCCCGGCUUCCGGUGCCGGGCCGCGGCUGGGGGGGCUGCCAAGAUGGAGGCGGCGAAUCGCGCCGGGGCCGAGAUGAGCCUAGCGGCACUACGGCGCCACGACCCCUACAUCACUAGCAUCGCCGACCUCACAGGACAAGUCGCGCUCUACACCUUCAGCCCCGAGGCCAAUCAGUGGGAGAAAACUGACAUAGAAGGGACCUUAUUUGUGUACAGAAGGUCAGCUUCACCUUUCCACGGUUUCACGAUUGUGAAUCGGCUGAAUAUGCAGAACCUUGUGGAACCUGUGAACAAAGAUUUGGAAUUCCAGCUCCACGAGCCAUUUCUUCUCUACCGAAAUGCCAGCUUGUCAAUUUACAGUAUCUGGUUUUAUGACAAGAAUGACUGUCACCGCAUAGCCAAACUCAUGGCCAAAGUGGUGGAACAGGAAACCCAAAGGUGCCAGCAGGCUGCUAGUGACAAGCAGAGCUCCAGCCAAGCCAACGGGCGCCAUGACAAGAGGCCCAUUGACAUCCUGGAGAUGCUGAGUAAAGCCAAGGACGAGUAUGAGCGAAAUCAAAUUACAGACUCCACUAUCUCAAGCCCUGGAUUACAACCAAGUGCUCGCCUCACCAACCCUGGCAGUGCUGAGGAGAACUCGGAAGAGACUUCCCCUGGAUUACAAACACAAGAGAAGCCUGCUCCGACAGGACACAAGCACCUCACCGUGGAAGAAUUAUUUGGAACCUCAUUGCCAAAGGAUCAGCCACCAGUGGCGUAUCCCAAUUCAGAAGGCAUCGAGAAGCUGCCCCCCGAUACCUCCCCCAAGGAGUAUGACUUAUUCUCGCCAUUUUCUUUUGAGUCAUCGAGAGGGACCCAUCAACCAGAGAAUCCCAGCAUCCAGCCCAGCAACCCUCAGGUGGGUCAGCAGGAGGCCCCAACGCCUGCCACUGCCCCAGACAAGAAGAGCUCUUCAGGCUGCGCGGUCCCGAUGAGCCCCGUCGUGAAGGCGGCUCCUCCAGCCAAGGCCACCGCCUCCCCGGCCGCAAAAAAGACUCCCCAGCAGCCCUCUCCCCUCCUGGCACAGCCAGCCUCCGAGCUGAGGCACAAGGCCCGCACUCUGUCGGCCACCCAGAGCCAGUUUGUGGCACCACUGAGUGGGACGAGCCCAGGAAGCGCAACAAACGCCAGUCUUCUUCACAAGCUCCAGCUGACGCCCCAGCCAGCAGCCCUCACCAAGAACCCCAUCGCGCCUUACUUUGCCUCAUCAGCAAGCCAGCUCGCCACCCCCGAGAGCUUCAGAGAGCCUCAUGCCAGAAGAAGAGGGGCCACAGCCACACUUGGCAUCACUGGGAGGCCUUCCCUGAAGGUUUCCUCUCCCAAGUUCAUCACAACAACCACUUUGCCGUCUUCUUCCAUCCUUCUGUCGCCCAGUGUUUUCCAGCAGUCGGCGCCCAAGGCCUCGGAGCUCGAGAAGAAGGUCAGCUCCCCGUGCCUCGCGAGCGGUGCCUCCGAACACCCGAGCAAACCUCCGCUGGUUCUGAGCAGGUCUCAGCUGCAGGACACGCUGAUACAUCUCAUAAAGAACGACGCCAGCUUCCUCAGCACGCUGCACGAAGUCUAUCUGCAGGUCUUGACCAAGAACAUGAACAACCUGCAGCUGUAGAGCCCUGGAGCUGGGGGGCCGCCGGCGCUGUGCGUGUGUCCGUGUGUGUGCGUGCGUGUGCGUGUGUGUGUGCGUGUGCGUGCGUGCGUGUGUGUCUGCUCAGAAACAAACACGCCUCAGUGACGGGCCUGGUGCGGGAGAGUUUCUUUUCAAAGCAGCCGAGCUGAGCUUGGCGGGGCUGAGGGAGAGCCCGAGGCAGGCGGAUCUCCCUGAGAAGCAUCACCAGCAGCCCCUCAUCUCAGCCCGGGACGUGCAGGGCCGGCCCGGCGCCUGCGCCGAGGAGCUCCCGGCGGAAACGUCCGGCUCCCGCGCAGCGUGAGGCUGCUGGACGGCAGCGGCGCGGCUGGGGCGUCCCUAGCGCUGACCGGUUGGAGCCGGGCCGGCCGCCGACGGGAGAAGGGCCUUCCGCCGCCGCGCUGUAGGUCCCGCUUUUACUUAGUUGGCCGAUUGGCAAAGCCAGAAUCCGGUUAGGCUGGAAAAUGUUUUUAACCGCCCGGUGGUCCGGGGAGCCUGAACAGCGCGGCCGCCCCGGCCUGCAUGAGCGGCCGGAGGGCAGCUACGCAGGAGGACUCGGGGGCGCCUCGGGGCCAGGUUUGAGGAGCGGAUCAGCCCCCGUCCGGGCCCGGCGGGGCGCUGCGAGGAGCACACUUGUGCCGCGCUUCGUCUGUCCCCCGCACGUGCCCUGGACUCAGCAAUAGUCAUUUCUCGUGGCCUUUGGAAGCCAGGCGUCUUGGUGGGCGCCGGCGGCGCCGCUGACCCCCCGGAGCCCAGGCCGGCGCCGUCCUCGGAACAGUCUGUUACGCUGUCGUGGCAGCCCGAUUCGUGGGCUUUUCUAGCAGAAUUUUUAGUGGCGACGCCUCUGCAGGUACGCGAUCCUCCGUCUGGCCUCGGUUUACUGAGGGAGGCCUCCAGCCCGUCCCCCGAAGGCAGGGCCGCGCUUCCGAGACAGCGCAGGCAUCCCACAGCCAAAAACGGGCCGGCCGGGCCGGCGAGCUCGAGGCGAGGCUCGGGACGCCCGAGUCCCCUCCGGCCGGGGAGGCUCUCCGCCCGGCCCGCUCGUCCUGCUGCCCGGCGGCUGGCCGAAGGCUGCUUCUCCCCGAGGCCUGAGCCAAGAUCCUGGCCGGAGCCCGCCGGAAGGGGCAGCGCCGCCGCCGGAGGUCCCUUCAGUAUCGACCCCGAGUGGGGCACUCCACGUUUUUAAGUGCCGCGUGCUGGAGAUUUUAAAGAGACAGUUUCGUUUUAACUCCCAUCAUUGCCUAUUCGAGUUAUUUAUACCGCCUGAGCCAGGUCUACACUGCCAUCGCUCCUGAGGCCGCUUCGGGGCUGCUGGUGCUCAGACCUGCCGGAAGUCCGCAGCUCUGUCGCCUUGUCGCUUCCUCCGACCGGCCCGAGCACGGCCUCGUGCCGGGCAGCCGGUCCGAAGGCCCAGAAGAAGGGCGUCUCGCCGGCUGCAGGCGGCUCCCAGGAGCUCUGCGAGCAGGCAGGCCUCCGGGCCUUCCUCCCGACCUCCUGCCUCUUCCCAGAGUCCUCCCGAGAAUGCAGAAGCCAAGUCAGAGCGAGCCCCUCCCACACAGACCCGUCCUUCGGGCGAGUGACCUUUUUCAAGAACAUCCGCCCGUCCUCCAACCAAAAAGCUCGUGGUCAGCCUCCCGCCUUCGCCUUCUUUCCCCAAAGAGCCCAGGCUGGGUCCCCCCAUGUUGCCUCGUCCGUGUCGUGGCUCCUGUUCUCUGGCCGGCGGCGCAGUGGGGCGACCCGAGGGCCGGAGGAAGGCGCGUCAGAGCUGUGGCGGGAGGGCAGCAGGGGAACCCGCUCACACACUCGAUUCCAAUUGUUUCCUUGAACAAAGAAUGAAUAAUUGUAUUCUUGCACAUUUUGUCCCUAUUUUAUUCUUCAGAGUUCCUUUGUGAAGCCAAUAAUGUCGUAUGUAUUAAAUAUUUAAAUAUGAAGGAAAGAUCAAGCAGACGUGAUUUGCCUCCGACCCGAAGACCGGCCCGGAGCCCACAUCCUCGCCUGAUUGGUCUUUCCGCUUAAUUUAGGAAAAUUGUGCAAUAUAUUUCACCGCCCAUUUGUAUUUGACACCAGAUACGUUCAGAUGCAUUAUUCAUCUUUAAGUGAGACGACAGCGUUUUCUUUGAUUCCUCACAAGUCCAUCGGAAAUGGUUUGGGGUUCCUCUGGGGUUACUGUAGGGUCUCGGGCUGCCCACUCUCACGGCGCGCCGGGCCAGUCAUCAAGCGUUUCUUUGCAGAGUGCCUGCCGCGGGCUUCCCUUCUUAGGAAGUGGACGGAAGAAUCUCUGGAAAUGGGUCUUUUCUUUUCCACAUUGAUACCGCAUCACUAACUUUUUUAUUAUAUGAAUUUUCUACCAUCCAUGUGUGUUUGCAAAUAUUAAGUUAUUACAUGUUUUAAACCGAGCGUUUUUCAUCCGAAAUUUUGUAUGUUUGCAAGUAUAUUUUUUUAAUAAAAUCUCAAAACAAAGUUUUCUCACCUA